AUGGUCCGCUACGCCAUCCAGCCAGCCUCCAGCGCAAAGAGCGCCAGCGCUCGCGGCUCUUACCUUCGAACCAGCUUCAAGAACACCCGUGAGACCGCUCAGGCCAUCAACGGACUCAAGUUGCAGCGUGCUGUGACUUUCCUCGAGAAUGUGAUCGGACACAAGGAGGCCGUUCCCAUGCGACGAUAUGCUGGCAGUACCGGACGAUGUGCCCAGGGCAAGCAAUUCGGUGUCAGCAAAGCUCGCUGGCCCGUCAAGUCCGCAGAGUUCCUCCUCUCUCUGCUCAAGAACGCCGAAGCCAACGCCGAUACCAAGGGACUCGACACCGGAAACCUCAUUGUCAAGCACAUACAGGUUAACCAGGCCCCCAAACAAAGACGACGAACCUACCGUGCCCACGGCCGUAUCAACCCAUACAUGUCCUGCCCAUGCCACGUUGAGAUGAUCCUGACCGAGGGAGAGGAAGUUGUCCAGAAGAGCACCGAUGUCUCCGCCUCCAGACUCUCAUCGAGACAACGCGGUGUCCGAACCCGCCAAGCCAUCACUGCCGCAUAG